ACGAAGGUGGGAUCAAAGUUUAGGCUACUUACCCAACAGGCCAUGUAUCCUGUUGAUCUGCCAUCUGUGGACGACACUGAGCUGACAUCCGCAUCUGAGAAUUACCUGGCGUCCCUGAACGCAACACCUCCCAGCAAUGAGACGUCUGAAAAGAGUGCCAUAACACCAGCCAACAUCAGCCAGUUCCACCUGUUUGAGGACGACCACCCCGACUGUACUGUGUUGGCGCUUCAUCCUCCUCAUGAUCCAACACAAGUCUUGGCUUUAUACCUGCAUGAGAAGUGGUGGCGAUUGGACGACGUGCUACGGACCUCCAGUAAAUCCAGAAGUGGCUUGCAGCCAGUGCAGUCAGUUACGGAGCGUCUGAUCGUGUUCCUGCUCAGCCGGGUGGUGGAGAGGCCUCGGUCACACGGAGAGGUGUCGUUCUCCCCGCACCCACGCACAGAGAGCUGCAAAGUGCUGUGGGAGGACGGACAGGCGGUCGGCUUCUACUCCGUCAAACACAAAGGCAAACUCUGUGACAGCUGGAGCAGCCGCUGCUACCUGCUGCCCGUCCUGGACACCGUGCUGGUGAGGCCAAGCUGCAGGAGGAGAGGCUUCGGCCUUCAGAUCCUGCAUGACUUCUGCUCCUCGUUCUCCUCAGAGGACUUCCUCGGAGUCAGCUCCCCCUUAUCGUCCAACAUGGCGGCAGUGAUCAGGAGGUUUCUGCAGCAGCACGAGGAGCAUCGGGAGCGUCUGUACGAGGUUGAGGCGCCAGGAGGCUGGACUCAGAGAAGAAACAUCUGGCUCAACAUUCAGCUCGGUUUCUACGCGUCUCAGCAGCUGGCACCAGGGACUACGGGGGGAGCUGCCCUGGCCUCGGUUAGCACCUGUAACUCGAACGCUCCCCUGGCGACGGCCUCCUCUCGGCUCUGUGACAUGAACCAGGAAGGAAGCUCCCCGAGCAGCGGUGCCUCCGGGAAAGGAUGUAGCUCUGCAGCCCACGCCGAUGUUCUGGAUUUUAAAUUUCCCGACAGGCCCCGAAACGUGGGGGGAAAAAUUCGAUCAAAGAAGCCCAGAAGAGAAAACACAGGAGAGAUGCAAAAAAGGUCCAACAGAGCCAGGAGAACAUCUGUAGACGACUAAAAAACACAAAGUCGUUGUGCAACAUCUGACUCCAGAAGGAGCUGUUCAUGUGCUCUCUGCAUUUCUCUUUCACUCAAAUCAGCUAAAAGGUUUUAGCUUCUUUGGAGUUCCUCUGGUCCAAUUUCUGUUCAUCCUGUGGUGAUUUUAUUCCUUAUGGCUUACUUUAUGCUUCUUUAUACAGAUUUUAUACGUGUAAGGUUUUAAUUUAGUUAUUUUUAGGACACUCUUAAACGGGGUUCCCACUGCUUGCAUUUGAAUUUAGUACUUUUUAGAUCUGCAGGAGUAAGAGAAAUCAUUUAAAAAUAGUAGAACUAUACUUUCCAUCUCUUCUUUGGGAUUUUGGAGGUUUUUCCCCUUUUCAGAUGAAAGAAAGUUCUGCUCUGCUUCAACACUUUCCAAAUUAACCAAAUCUGUAAUCCUCAGGUCCACAGACGUUUGGUUUGUUUGACCUCUGAAGCUCUUUGGUCACUUUGUUGUAAAAGUGCGUCUAAAGAUUGCUUUAAUUCCUGUCCCAUCAUUUAAAAAAUAAAGUUCCGGUUUGUGUUAGAAUAAGUUGCUCUGAUCUGAGUCUUUCAUUCCACACUGAUAUAGAAAAGUUGGCAUUUUUGUCUACUCUUCUUUCCCAUCAUGUCUCGGUUUGAACAUCUAGCCGUCACUUUGCUAGUCAGAGCAGUUGCUGGAGCUACUGCUGCAAAUUUCUGUGUUCACUCUCAGUUCAUAAAAGUGAACUCUUGCCUCUGUUUUUGCGUCUCCUCCAUGUUCCAGGUAAAGGUCGCUCAUACCGAACCGGGCACAAUCAGCUGUGAAUUUCAGAAGGCGUUCGUGUUCACAGUUGCUU